AUGCUUCUACAAAGCACUUUGAAGAGUGGAAGCUACAACAAACUCCACAGUUUCAAACACAUAAUCAAUGGCUUCUCUGUCCACACAACUCCUUCUCAGGCGAAAAGACUGAAAGCUACGCCGGGAGUGAAGUUGGUAGAGAAAGAUAGAGGAGUGAAGAAAAUGACAACAUAUACUCCUAAUUUUCUUGACUUGCCAAAAGGAGUUUGGGCAGAAGAAGGAGGAGAGAAAAAUGCAGGUGAUGGAGUGGUUAUUGGUGUUAUUGAUAGCGGCAUUAAUCCACUUCAUCCAAGCUUCGGUUCGCAAACUUUCAGUACAAAUGUCUCUCACUUUUCUGGUGCUUGUGAGACUGGUCCACACUUUCCACCUGAAUCUUGCAAUGGAAAGAUUGUUUCAGCUAAAUAUUUCUCAGCUGGUGCUCAAGCUACUCCUAAAUUUAAUGCUUCUGUUGAUUUUCUUUCACCUUUUGAUGCAGAUGGACAUGGCAGUCAUGUGGCAUCUAUUGCUGCUGGAAAUGCUGGUGUUCCUGUCCAAGUCAAUGGUUUUUGUUAUGGGCGAGCCAGCGGAAUGGCACCACGCGCAAGGAUUGCUGUUUAUAAAGCUAUCUACUCAUCCGUGGGAACUAUGGCAGAUGUUGUUGCAGCUAUAGAUCAAGCUGUACAAGAUGGAGUAGAUAUCAUAUCACUCUCUAUUGGACCAAACAGACCACCACAAGAUACAUUAACAUUUCUCAGCAUCUUUGAUAUUUCUUUAUUAUUUGCAAGAAAAGCUGGAGUUUUAGUAGUUCAAGCCGCAGGUAAUAAUGGUCCAUCAUCUUCAAGUGUAGUAUCAUUCAGUCCAUGGAGUGUCGGUGUUGCCGCUUGCAACACAGACAGAAGAUACACUUCUUCAAUCCUUCUUGGAAAUGGUCAAACAAUAGACGGCGUUGGACUAUCAGGACCAAGUUUUGGAAAUGGGACAAUUCUCCGUAAACUUGUAUUCGCUAAGGAUGCAGUAAAAAUAAAUGGAACAUUCCCAAAUACUCCUGAGUACUUAGAAGAGUGCCAGCAUCCAGAAGCUUUGGAUCCUAUUAAAGUGUUUGGAAGUAUCAUAAUAUGCAAUUUCUCUGAAGGAUUCCUUAAUGGAACCUCAACAGUUGCUGGCAUUAUCAGCACCGCCAAGGCUCUAGGAUUCGAGGGUUUUAUUCUGACUGCAAAUCCGAGCUACGGCGAUUAUAUUGCAGAGCCGAUUCCUUUUCCUAUUCCUGGUAUCUUGAUUCCUUCUGUAGCUGAUACCAAGGCUAUCGAGAAAUAUCACGAAGAACACACAAAGAGGGACGAGAAAGGAACUGUUACAGAACAUGGUGCUAUGGCGUCUAAAGCGGAAGGAAGAGUUGCCUAUUUCAAAGGGCGAUCACCGGUUGUUAGUAGAUUUUCGUCGAGAGGUCCAGAUAUCAUUGAUGCAAAAAAAAAUCUUGCUGAUGUACUUAAACCUGAUAUUCUAGCUCCAGGGCACCAAAUAUGGGCUGCAUGGAGCCCUAUUAGUGCCAAACAACCUAUGCUAACAGGACAUGAUUUUGCAUUAUUAUCUGGUACCAGCAUGGCAGCGCCUCACGUGGCUGGAAUCGCGGCUCUGAUCAAGCAAUAUAAUCCAUCAUGGAGUCCAUCUAUGAUAGCAUCUGCAAUCACCACAACCGGCAAAAAGUAUGACAAUCUUGGCGAUCCUAUGAUGGCCGAAGGCUAUGAGGUCAACACAUCGCAUCCAUCCACUCCUUUUGAUUUUGGGGCGGGCAUUGUAAACCCUAGUCGUGCCAUUGAUCCCGGCUUGGUGCUCCCAUCAGAUUUUCAAGAUUUCAUCAGCUUCUUGUGCUCUUUGCCAAACAUCGAUCCGAGUACAAUAACAACAGCAACCGGAGAACCAUGCAACAAUCCAUUUGAUUAUCCAUCUAAUUUAAACCUUCCAUCAGUGACAAUAUCUGCACUAAAAGGAUCAAUUUUUGUGAGAAGAACUGUGAUGAAUGUAGGGAACAGCACAGAGACAUACUUGGGCUCCGUUCUACCUCCUAAUGGAACUUCAAUUAACUUGAAUCCAACUUGGUUUACCAUAAGUCCACAAGCAACACAAGAUCUGGAAAUACAUAUCAAUGUGAAUCAACCAAUGGAAAAUUUUAGCUUUGGUGAAAUUGUUUUGACAGGAAGUUUGGAUCACAUAGUAAGAAUAACUUUGUCGGUUCUGCCCGUUUCAUUAGAGGAACAUAAAUUGUAA